AUGGCUGAAUACAAAAGCUUAAGGAUUAAGCGAGGUCAGUUUAAGAGUCAAUUAACGCGAUUCAGUAAUUUUCUUGAGUGUAGAGAAGCCGAUGAUUAUGAAAUUUCUGACAGACUUGAAAGGCUAAAAGAAGUCUGGGAUAAGUUUCAUAACCUUCAAUAUGCCAUAAAGGAGGUACGUAAACAGGGGCUUUCAGAAGAAAAAGAUCAGGAUCAAUUAGAGCGAAUAGAACGAGAAGAAAACGAUGAAGACACAGAAUUCGAAGACAAUUAUUUUAAGCUAGUGUCAAUAGCUAAAAGAAGAUUAGCACAAGUAAAUCCUGUAAAUGAAUCUGCGACAGUGGCAGCAGCAGGAAGGACCCUGACAGUGAAAUCCAGUGUAAAAUUACCAACGAUCACAUUGCCAACGUUCAAUGGGCAAUAUAGUCAGUGGAUGCAGUUCAAGGACUCGUUUCUUUCAUUAAUAGACAGAGACACAACGCUAUCAGCAGUUCAGAAGUUACAAUAUCUUCGAGGCACGCUGAAGGAUGAAGCAUUACAAUUCAUCGAAGGAUUGGAAACCACGGCUGAGAAUUAUCGUACAGCGUGGGAGUUGUUGAACAAUCAUUACGAGAAUCGAAGACUUAUCAUUAAUAAACAUUUGAAGGAACUUUUUGAAACUAUGCCAAUAGUUAAAUGUAACAAGCAAAGCAUAAGGCAAUUUGUAAAUCACGUAAGAUCGCACAUUAAAGCAUUAGCUACGUUGAAACUGCCCGUAGACAAAUGGGAUGCAGUCUUAGUAUUUGUAGCGGCAAAUAAGUUGGAUUAUCACACGCACAAAGAGUGGGAAACGCAUAUUACUACCAAAGGGCAGGACGAACUGCCAAAAAUUGAUGAGCUGCUUGAAUUCCUAACAGGAAGAUACCAUAUGCUUGAAAUGAUAGAAAAGGAAAAAUCGGGAGCUGAGGCACGUAAACACAAUGAGAAAAAGCAAGAUAAAUCGUUGUCAUUAGCUUCUACAAGUAACAAUGAAUGUGAUUAUUGUAAAGGUCAUCACCGCAUAUUUAACUGUGAAAAGCUAUUGAAGUUACAAGUACCAUCACGCAUUAACGAAAUAAAGCAAUUGAAACUUUGUUUGAACUGUCUGCGGAAAGGGCAUUGGAGUAAAGAAUGUAAAUCGUCAGGCUGUAAGGUUUGCCAAGGCAAGCAUAAUUCUCUUCUCCAUAUAGAAAAUCAGAAAGAAAACAAAAAUCCCGAUGAAGUGAAUAAAGACAAUCCAAGCAACAUAGUAUCCACGUAUUGUGCAAAAAAUUCGCAGCAUGUAUUGUUGUCUACAGCGCAAGUAUAUAUUUUUGAUACCAAUAGAAGGCGACAUCUUUGUAGAGCGCUUCUAGAUCCUGGAUCGCAAUCCAAUUUAAUUACGAAGGCUUUAGCAGAUAAAUUACAUUUAACAAGUAAAUCUGUAAACGUUCCAGUUAGCUGUAUCAAUCAAACUAAAACAUAUGUGAGGCAAUCGGUAAUUAUUGAAGUACAAGCCAAAUAUAACAAAACAAGAUUUAAGCUAAAUUGUUUAGUGUUGCCUAGAAUCACAGAGCAAAUACCUCAGAUGCCUAUUGAUAUUUCUACAUUACAGAUACCAAAUCAUUUGAAGCUAGCGGACGAAAACUUCCACAAUCCGGGAGCCAUUGAUUUAUUAAUCGGAGCCGGAAUGUUUUGGCAAAUUAUUAAGGACGAGCAUUUAAAGUUACUUCCUGGACAACCACGGAUACAGAACACUUCUUUAGGUUGGAUAUUAGGAGGAAAUGUUUUGGAGUCGUCAAGCGACCAUAACAUGAUGUGCAAUCUACUAACGAAUGAUGAACUAAGCCGGCAGCUGGAGAAAUUCUGGCAAUCCGAAGAAAUUAUCGAACAAAGGCAUUACUCACCAGAGGAGCAAAAGUGUGAGGAGCACUUUAAAGCAACAAUGCAAAGGAAUUUAGAAGGUAGGUUCGUAGUAGGACUGCCUCAGCGAGAAGAUAUAAAGCUUGCAGAUUCGUAUAAUACAGCGCUGAAGAGGCUAUACGCUUUGGAAAACAGAUUUGCACGACAACCAGAAUUGAAGUUGGAAUAUGUUCAAUUUAUGGAAAAAUAUGAACUAUUGGGGCAUAUGUCACGUGUUGAAGAAAAUGCAUCGAAGAGUCCGCAAGAUAUUUACUACAUACCACAUCAUCCUAUAAUAAAAAGCGGUGCAUUAACUAGCAAGUUGAGAGUAGUGUUCGACGCAUCAGCUCUAUCAGAAUCAGGAGUGUCGCUGAACAAUAAACUAUUAGUCGGGCCUCAGUUGCAAGAUACAUUAUGUGACUUAUUACUAAAGUUUAGAAUGCAUCAAUAUGUAUUAACUGCUGAUUUAGAAAUGAUGUAUCGACAAAUCCUUGUGAGAAAACAGGAUAGAGAUCUUCAAAGAAUUUUAUGGAGGUCAAAUAGCAACGAAGAAAUUCAGAUAUUUCGUUUGAAUACGUUAACAUAUGGUACUUCUUCAGCACCCUUUCUAGCGGUCAGAUGUUUGAAGGAGUUAGCAAUUCAAGAGGCUGACACUCAUCCUACAGCUGCAAAGGUGUUACAAUGUGAUUUUUAUAUGGAUGACCUGCUCACGGGGACGCACACUGUAGAGGAGGCAUGUCGAUUGCAACAAGAAUUAAUGGAAUUGCUCCAGCGAGGAAAAUUCAAUCUGCGCAAAUGGAGAAGCAACAACACGAAAGUAUUUAGCUCGUUGGCUCAAGAUAGCGAGCAAGAUGAAUUUUUGUUUUUAAACAAACAUGAAGUCUUGAAAACUCUUGGACUGUAUUGGAAUUCAGAAACGGAUUAUUUACAGUAUGAAGUGCAAAUAAAGGAAGAACUAUCAGCUACAAAAAGACAAGUGCUGUCUUCAAGCUCAAAAAUAUUUGACCCUCUGGGGCUUAUCGAGCCAGUGUUAGUAGUAGCGAAGCAACUGAUGCAACAAUUGUGGAAGGAGAAGCUAAGUUGGGAUGAAGAAUUGCCACCCCAUUUACAAGAUAGUUGGUCAAAAUAUUGCAGAUCUAUAAAUUCGACUCAAGCUUUGUUAGUAUCACGCAAUUGUAAUCCAGGCAAUCCGUCACUAUUGGUGGAUCUGCACGUUUUCUGUGAUGCGUCGGAGAGAGCUUAUGGAGCAUGUAUUUAUGCGUGUAGUCUAAAUCAAGAUGGGCGCGCUACUGCACAUUUGAUGUGCUCCAAAUCACGGAUAGCUCCAUUAAAACCACUCACAUUGCCACGUUUAGAGUUAAAUGCUGCACAUUUGGCAGCCAAGCUGUUUAGCAGUGUAAAUCAUGUAUUGUCUAACAAAAUUAACAAUGUAAGUUUUUGGACUGACUCUACAAUUACGUUAAGUUGGAUUAAAACAUCUCCUCACAAAUUGAAAACAUAUGUGGCUAACCGAGUCGCUGAGAUUCAGAGACACACUUCGAGUAAAGAUUGGGAUCAUGUACCCUCAAGUGACAAUCCCGCGGAUUUGUUAUCUAGAGGCACGACUACUGAAGAUUUAAAGGAUAAUUAUCUAUGGUGGCAUGGACCUAGGUGGUUAGUGCAGCCUUCUGAAAGGCCGAUACAAGAAGUUUUUAGUUUAGAAGACAUGCCGGAAGCUAAACGGGAAACUAAACGGGAGAUUACAUUAGCAGCUAUCCCGGAUAUGCACGAUAUUUUGUAUAAAUUUUCAUCUAUCAUUAAGCUAAAAAGAGUCAUAGCGUAUUGUAUGCGAUUUACAAAUAAUCUAAGAGGUAUUAAAAGGAAAGGAUCUUUAUCGAUUGAAGAAUUGGAGCAAGCUAACAUUAUCAUAAUCAGACUAGUGCAACGUCAAGUAUACGAAAGAGAGAUAGAAGAUUUACAAAAUGGAAGAGAAGUUCAUCGCAAGAGCAAGUUGCUUACAUUACGUCCUUUCCUUGAUGAACAAGGAUUGAUCCGUGUGGGAGGUAGAAUACGUCAUGCGGAGAUCAACAUAGAUCAAAAGCAUCCAUAUAUAUUACCGUCGAAAAAUCAUAUAACAACUCUUAUGCUCCGCGAAGAACACAAAAGGUUAUUACACUGUGGGCCAGAACAACUUUUGGCAUCUAUUAGACUACGAUAUUGGCCAUUAUCAGGUAGACACGAAGCGCGUAAGGUCACUAGACAGUGUCUAGAAUGUUUUCGACUCAAACCUAAACCCUUAGAGGCCGUUAUGUCUGAUCUACCUAAAGAUCGAUUACAGGGAACUGUAAGGCCAUUCGCUGUUAGUGGCGUAGAUUACGCUGGGCCUAUCCAAAUUCGAGAGGGAAGAAGAAGAGGUAGGAUACCUCUAAUGAAAGGAUACAUUGCAUUGUUUGUCUGUUUUCAUACAAAGGCAGUUCAUUUAGAAGCCGACACGGAUCUAACUACAGAAGCAUUUUUGGCAGCAUUACGGAGAUUUACUUCGAGAAGAGGUCUCUGCACUACAUUAUACUCAGAUAAUGCAACGAACUUUGUUGGAGCAGCAAGAGAGUUAAAAGAGGUCUAUCAAUUUAUAAAAGAUCAAACAGAUGAAAUUGAAGCACGAUUAGCUUUAAAGAGCAUUCACUGGAAGUUUAUACCCCCCAGAUCUCCAAAUUUCGGAGGAUUAUGGGAGGCUGCCGUUAAGGUAACAAAAAGACACUUAUAUACUGUCACGCGAAACCUCGUAAUGACUUAUGAAGAGUUCAGCACACUACUUACAGAAAUAGAAGCAGUUUUGAAUUCACGUCCUUUAAUUCCCUUAUCCUCUCAUCCUGACGAUUUGGCUGUGUUGACGCCAGCUCACUUUUUGCUCGGAGAGUCACAAGCCGAGCCUGCUCAGAGAAAUUUUUUAAACAUGCCUGUUAAUACUUUAUCACGUUGGCAACAUCAGCAACGAGUUCGUCAACAUUUUUGGUCACGUUGGCAAAAAGAGUAUUUGCAUCAAUUGCAAAUGCGUACCAAAUGGUACCAUGAUUCAACCGCUUUAGCAGUAGGUACAAUAGUUUUGUUGAUGGAUGAACAAAACCCUCCUAGCAAAUGGACUUUGGGCCGUGUAACGGAACUGCAUAAGGGAAACGAUAACGUGGCCAGAGUAGCCACUGUCAAAACAGCACAUGGAAUAUAUAAACGACCUAUAAGAAAACUGUGCGCUCUCCCAUUGAACAAUGAAAUUAAUGAGGAGACCCAAGGCCAACGGGAUUCUAAGUUGGAAAAUGCUAUUUAA